AUGGCUUUGGGGCUAAUAGGAUACCGCCCUAUGGCAGUUUUUGCUAAAGGAUCAAAUCGCAAGCUGGUGGCAGCGAAAGCACAGGGCAAGGCCGUCCAGCAUGAUGACUUAUACACCAGUACAGCUCUUCCGAUAUCGCUGCUCUCACAAUAUCACCUUUCCCUGUUUCGUUUUCCCGGUUUCAUGAAAGAAGAAGAAUCUCUCUACACUUCCAUAUCUCAGCCUCAAUCAGUAACAUUAGAUUCAAAGACAAACAAUAUUACUCACAGAGUCAGAAAAAGAGUGGAUGCUAUACCUAGGUUAGAAACCUUCAAGAAAAAUAUGACAAAGUUGGACAGUCAUUCACGUUGGGUCAGUCCAUAUUCAAGUGUCUCUCUACUAAGUAACCGGAAAAUGUUUCCGUCUUUCUUCAGGACUGUUUCAAGUGAUAAAUUACAGUCUAUGGGAAUGACUCAGCUUGUUUUGAGUUUUGGUUGGACCUGGAUCGGUCUUCUGGCUACAGACAAUGAUUAUGGUCUUCUGGGAAUCCAGCCAAUAAAACAAGAAAUAAUUAAUGCUGGAGCAUGUGUGGCUUUUACUGAAUAUAUUAAUCUAGGACAACCAGAUAGCAAUGCUCCACAUAUAGUGAGGGCUAUUAAGGAGUCAUCAGCUAAGGUGAUUGUUGUAUUCUCUCUUGGUGCACAAUUUGUUCCUGUUGUGAAUGAAAUGCUGAAACAGAACAUCACAGGGAGGAUUUUUAUUGGAAAUGCCGGUUGGUCCAAGUCCCUCUCGCUAUCAGUAGGAAAAUAUUUUCCGAUCUUAUCUGGAACUCUUGGUUUAGCUAGUAAUAAUUAUGUGAUCCCAGGUAUAAGUCAGUUCCUCAGUAAGAUACGUCCUUCUCAGUCUAUGGGGGAGACCUGGGUGAACCUGUAUUGGGAGAACAUUUUCAACUGCAAAUUUCUCUAUGGGAAAAACCUUACUGGUUCUUUGGAGGCCCCAGUAAAAGAAUGUACAGGAGAAGAGAGGAUAGAUGAUAUCAAGAACAGCUCAACCUACAUUAGUACCUUUAAAUAUUCGUAUUCUACUUACUCAGCUGUGAUGGUUUUGACUAAAGCUUUGGAUGAUCUGAGAAGCUGCAAGGCGGGUGAUGGGCCUUUUUCCCAUGGGACAUGUGCGGACAUUUGGAAUAUCAAACCAUGGCAGCUCAUACACUAUAUAAGGAAAGUCAGACUUACACUAAGUGGUGGCAAAUACAUUUACUUUGAUAAGAAUGGAGACCCACCUGCAGUUUAUAGUAUUCUGAACUGGCAAUUGAGUGCGGAAGGGACUUUAAAGCAAAUUGUGAUUGGAAAUUAUAACUCAGCUGCACUUCCCGAUGAAGCUCUGACCAUCAACUCGAGUCUAUUACUGUGGUCUAUGGGGGUUCAACAGGUCCCACGUUCGGUCUGCAGUGAGAGCUGUCCUCCAGGAUACAGGAAGGCUGCAAGAUCAGGACACCCCGUCUGCUGCUUUGAUUGUGUCCUAUGUCUACAAGGAGAAAUUUCUAACCAGACAGAUUCACUUAACUGUAACAGUUGUCCGUGGGAUCAGUGGCCAAAUCCAGAGAAAUCCAGAUGUCUCCCAAAACCAAUAGAAUUUCUAUCUUAUGAAGAUACAUUGGGAGGAACUUUAGCUACAAUCAGUGUAAUAUCCUCACUUAUUCCUGUUCUUAUUUUGGGGCUAUUUAUCCUGCACAGACAUACGCCUGUAGUGAAAGCCAAUAAUUUCUCUUUAAGUUGUCUUCUACUGAUCUCCCUAUGUUUCUGCUUCCUGUGCUCUUUAGUAUUUAUAGGUCACCCCCACCACCAGACGUGUCUCCUGCGUCAGGUACUAUUUGGUCUGACCUUCACUUUGUGCAUCUCAAGCAUUUUGGCUAAGACUAUCCUGGUGGUGCUUGCUUUUAUGGCCACUAGACCAGGCAGCAAUGUGAGGAGAUGGAUGCACCACCAAGUGUCCUACAUGAUUAUUUUUAUCUGUUUCCUGCUACAAUUCAUCUUGUGCAUAACUUGGUUGUCCCUAGCUUCUCCAUUCCCACAAUAUAACACUGAAAUUAAACCUAUGAUCAUCAUUGUUGAGUGUAAUGAGGGCUCCCCCAUUGCCUUCUGGACCAUGCUGGGUUAUCUGUUUUUUCUGGCCACCAUUAGUUUCAUUGUUGCCUUCCUGGCUCGGAGACUUCCUGACACCUUCAAUGAGGCCCAGUUUAUUACCUUCAGCAUGCUGGCCUUCCUCAGUGUCUGGGUGUCCUUUAUCCCGGCCUCCCUCAGUGCUCAGGGUAAAUACACGGUGGCCACGGAAAUAUUUGCCAUCUUGGCUUCCAGUUGGGCUCUGGUGAUCUGCAUGUUCCUGUCUAAAUGCUUCAUUAUACUGUUAAGACCUGAUAUGAACUCCAAAGAAUAUAUAAUGAGGAAAGAAAGACAAUAA